AUGAAGACCUCAUCGAUCGCUCUGACCCUUGCGGCAGCUGCAAUGGCCAGCGCACAAGAAGAGCCGUACUACAACAUCACAACUGCACCUUUCUACCUGGUCGUCACAUCAGAGGAUGGUGGUGUCAAUGACACAAUCAGUGCCUGCCACGUCGGUGCAGCGAUAGAAUCGCUCUGCUUGAGCAAUGCUGGAGCGGGAGACGCGCCAGAACCUCUCGCUGGCGCAGAAUUCCAGUUCAACACAUCAAUCUACUCUCAGGCACCAGAGCCAUCUUUCGGCGUACCUGGCAUCCUGACCUGGUGGCUGAACACAAGCACUCUCGACAUUCCAUCAUCAGCGGCCUUUGGUCUUGACCCGAUUUCCAAUCUCGCAACCUUCACCCUCAGCCCCGGCAGCGAUGACGCAACGCAGCUUGCUUUCAACUCUCAGGACGAGUUGACCCUUCAGGCGUAUGUUCCAGGCGAGAACUACACAGGCAGCUAUCAGGAGUUCUACCGCUGGUAUGCGUGCGACACAUCCUACUCCAGCUACCAGUACAACAACCUCGUGUGGGGAUUGGGUGCAGGCAAGCCGGACAACCCGACGUGUGUCUCAGUCAACGUGACAAGGCUACUUUCUUCUCACUCCAAACUACAUUCCAGCACUAUUGAGACACUUAUUCCUCUUCCCAUUCUACUCAUUCUUGUUCCUUUCUGCCAUGCCAAUCGCGGCUACACGGACAAACUCAUCUGCUCCAUCACUUCCGACCACUUCAACCUCACCCUUACUUCCGACGGCGCCUCCCUGACUGGCAAUACAUUUUCCGCAUACCCCGUCCAAAUUGUGACCUUCAACAAGGACAACUUCAUGAACGCGCAGGACCCCAUUGACUGGGAAGCAGAGAAGCCGGACAGGGGGGAUAGGGUAUGCGAGGCGGUGUCGGUGACAGGUGUGGGGAAACCUGGGACAGUCUGGAACGGUGAGAUGUACAUUGAUUGA